AUGUCACGUCCGGUGCGGAGAAACAGGCCGUAUUUACCAGAUGUUUAUGUACAGGAGCCUAAGCAAAAAGAGGAUGAACUUAGUGCUGAAACAGUCAAAAAUGGAUUUACAUUCAAAUAUAUAGAUUUGGCGUUAGAACAUGACGGUUUCAAAGGAACUGAUUUUAAACAAUCUGAAGAUGACAUACUGAAUUUAUUUCGCCAUAUUCUAACGAAGAAGGAUGAAAAUAAUACCAUUAAUGAUUUAAAAAAGAAGUUCCCAUUGAAUACAAAAGAUAACUUUUGGCCGGUAAUGGCUGCACGUACACAAAAACGUUUCGAAACUUGGAUGUCAGCAUUAGCAUCCACGGAACCUGUUAAUAAAUUAGCAAAAUCGGUACCAACAUUUUUGAAAAAAGAAGAUGUAUUUCAACAUUUAUUUGAGCAUAAUGUGGCAUUAUUACGGGCUGGAUGGUAUAUUAAAAUGUUAGCACUCUAUUACAGUUCAAAUAAUGAUUCAAAACAAAAAAAGCGUCAUGUACCAACGGAUCCAUGUACAGAAUGGACAAAAGCGAUAAUCGAUAUAUUAAAAGACGUGUUUGAACGUUUAAUUAAAGACAAUCAUUCUCAAACAUCGAUAUCGGAAUUGAAUACACCAUCAGCAAUCAACCUGGACUCAGAACAAAUAAAUGGUCCCAAUUCAGUUCCAACAACAGUCGGAUCAUUGACACCUCAAUAUGGUCCGUCUACUCCCCAAAUGUUACACUCAUCUAUUCUCUCACAACCGUCAGCAUCACCAACACAAACACCAACAAUUUCAGUCUAUCAAAAUACAGCAGAUAAAACAAGAAGACAAUGGGAUUAUUACAAUCGAUUGUUGAGGGUACUUUUUGAUCAAGGUCUUUUAGAUCGUCAAAAUAUUGUUGAAUGGGUUGUUGAUACGUUUAUUGAUCGAAUUAAACAUGCCGAUGAUCAUAGUCUACGUUAUGUUGUGCCUAUUGUUUUCCAGUAUAGUAGUGAAAUUUUAGAAUACGAAAUAUUUUCGCGUAAAAUUUCUUAUUAUUGCUGUACAAGAAUUGGAGAAGUGUACAAUGACUAUGUCGCUUCGAAUUUAACACAAACGACGCUACAAACCACUUUUUCAAAUUUGAUGACAUGUCCUAUGCAUCGUUUAAUUAUUGGUUCAUUAUCGGCUAUCGUUCAGUGUAUAACGUUACGUUGUCCAGCAGCUCUAUUGUAUAACGCACCACUCGAUGAACAACAAAAACCGGACACCUUAUUAAAAUAUAGUUCACCACUAGAUUUUUUACCAUGUUAUCCAUCACAAUUGCCAUUACCAGCAGGUAUUGAUCAAUCAGAAACAAAACAAAUGUUAACACAAGCUGAAGAUGAUUUAAGAGCGAGAAGUUUAGCAAUUGAACAUAAAUGGUCCACAGAUAAACUACAAAGUGUAUCAGGUCAAGCCAUUUCACGUGUAUUAUAUGUGUUAGAAGUACUUGAUGAAUUUAAAGAAGAACGAUAUUUACUUGAAAAUGUUUAUAGUAAAAUUUAUCCUAAUUCAGCGUCAAAAGAAUUAUUGACACCAGAACUUGAAACAGCUAUUGUACAUUUGAUGUGUGACUGGGCAAUAACGACAUGUCGAGCGGGUGUUUAUAGAGCAUUCUUUGUUGCUAGACUAUUAGAAAAACGUCAAGCAGAAAAAAAAUUGAUUAGUCAACAGCAAUUAAUUAAUACUUCUGAUGAAAAAGAAUCUGACUAUCUGAAUUCAUCGACAUUAGUUACAAAUCCAUUUCAAAGUGCAUUGACAGAAUAUCUAUUAAAACAAGCACCAACUCUAAAUGGAAAUAAUGAUGCAGAUAUCUCAUUUGCUACAUUGGUGAUGUUGUUUUCUGAAUUAAUUCGUCUUAAUAUAUUUUCAUCAAAACAAUUUAUGUGCAGUAUUGUUUCGCAUGGGCUCGUAUCAUUAAUCGAUCAUCAAGACGAAAAUCAACAACAAAACCAUCAACAACAGCAACAUCAUCAUCAUCUUCCUACUAAAACUUUUCCAUUAGCUCCACCACCACCACCUUUAUCUUCCUCUUUUCAUCCAUCUCAACCUCAAUUAUCACAUUUUGUUCCAGCAAAUAAUAAUUCUUUACUAGCAAAAUCGAUGUCAUAUAAUUCUGUUAAAAGUGAACCGGAGGAUCAUAAACCAGAUAUUAUGAGUGUACUUCAAAGACGUACAUCUCAGUCGACGGUUCUUGAUCUUGACCAAAUGGAUAACAAUCAUACAAAUACUGAUUAUUCUACAACAAGACAAAAACCUGCAAAUAGAUUGAAUAUCAAUGCAAAUCCAAAUAAUGAUUCAACACCGUCGAGUGAUAAUAACAUAUUGAAAUAUCGACGAUAUCAACUUUUUCUUGAACAAUUUCCAUUUCCACUUGAUGAUGAUUUUCGAGAUGAUUUUAAUCAACGAAAAAUUAUAUUAUAUGGUAUUUCAUUAAAAAGAGAUGAUGCUCAUAAACAAUUAAAAGCAAAUGUUCGUCAAUUAAGUUCAAUGUUUCGUUUAAAAAAUUGUAUUGAUACUUCAUCGUGUGUUCCUCCUUUUACACGCUCGAUACCCUAUGCAAAAUAUUAUCAAAUAAAAACAUCAUUAUUACAAUUAUCCUACCAUGAUCAAUAUUAUAUAACAAAUCGUGUUAGUAAACUUUUAUUAGAACGUAUAACGGCCUAUAUUGAACGACAAACACGUCGUUUACCAUGGCUAGAUGAUAUUGCAUUUUUAUUUGAAUUAAUGGAGAAAACAUUGAAUUUGUAUGGUCUCAUUCAAACAUGUGUAGAAUUAUUGAAAAUAUUUAGUCGUAUUGAAUCAAUGCAUGCUGUUAAAGCAUCACCGGGCAUCAGUAAUUAUGUAGCCGAACUCUACUUAGAAAUAACAAGUGUAUUUCGAUUCUAUACACCUAUAUUAAUAUUAACACCAGCAAAUAUGAUACAAGUAUUUGAAAAUUUAAUAACAAUAUGUGGAAAAAUUGUUGAUCCACAACGUACAACAUCUGUUGAACGAGCAUUAUUAAUGUUAAUGCAUGAUUUUUAUUCUUCUUGUCCAUAUUUAAAGUCAAAGUAUAGUGAAAAAGUACAACAAACAAUAACUUUAAUUAAAAAAGAACUCUAUGCACAAAAUACACAAAAUAAUAAACAAGAUCCACAUGCAAAUUUUAAAUGGGAUCCAAAUUUUUUUAUGAAAAUAAUCGAAUCACCAAGAUCAGCAUCGAAUGAAAUUCAAAUUGAUCGGACAUAUGCUAAACAACUAGAUGAAAGUUCACAAGCUCGAUGUAAUUUUGUUAUUAAUACAAUAAUUGCUGUUGCCAACUCAUCAUCAUUGACAUAUAUUCAUGAUAUGGGACAUCUCGCCACAGAGUUAACAUGUCAAGUAGCUUCGUUAAAUUCUGUAUGGUUAUUAGCAAUAAAAGCUCUUAGUUCAUGUACAAAUGUUAAUCGUCCACCAGGUACAGCUAAUAUUUACAGUGUAUUUGAUGAAUUAAACAAACGUGUCGAUACAAAUGAUUUAUAUGUUCAUAAUAAUUUAUCCGUUUUUAUAUCGAUAAUGAUUGCUCGACAUGCAUUUUCAAUUAACGAAUAUAUCAUUGUUGCUGUUCAAUCUGUUAUUAGUUCAUCACCAAAAACUAAUGGUGAACAAGAAAAUGAGCCUGGUACACGUUUUACAUGUCAUGUUUUAGAACAUUUAUUUAGUGCUAAUCAUAAUCCAUGGCAAAUGAUGAUUGCAUCACGUGAACGACGUUUAUUAGCGUCAAAUUAUCGUCUAAUUGCAUUUGGAGCAUUUUUAUGUGUGCUAAAAUCAUUACUGAUAUUAAAUCAAGCAUCAUUCAAAGAUAGUAAAAAAUAUUUGGAUCUAUGUAAAGAUAAAGCAUUGAAACAUAAAGAACAAAAUAAAUUUGAUAAUAAAGAUAUUAAUAGUCAAUUUCAAAACUAUUUUCGUCCAUGUCGUGAUCCUUAUCCAGAAGAACUAUCCGAUAUGGCAUUACGUGUAUUAAAUUCAUGUUGUGAUCAAGAUUGGAUACAAGAACGAUGUUUGAAAGAAUCUGAUACAUUGUGUAAUCAAACAAAUUUAUGUGAUAAAUUACUUGAAGAAGGACAAGCACAACAAUUGUUACGUCUUAUAUGUUAUAAAUCGAAUAAUGAAUUGAGACAACUCUCAUUUGAUAAAGGUACAAAAAAUAUUAUAUCAUCAUUAUUACUCAAUUUAAAUCAAUGGACAUUACGAUCAACAAUAUUAGAAUUAAAAUUGAUGUUAAAACAAUUAGAAUAUCGUGAACCAAAACAAACAGAACAUAGUAAUCAUUUAUUACAAUCAAUAGCAAGUGCAACUAUUGAACUAUUUCAACAUCAGACAGAAGGAAAAUAUACAGUGAAUAAUUUAACAAAUAAUAAUACUAGUACACCGAUAUUAUUUGAUCGAAAAGGUAUUUGGUUAAUAGCACCACUCAUUUCACGUUUACCAAAUAAUGUUCAAGGAAAAAUUUUACAAUUAGCUGGAAGUGUAUUAGAAAAUGGUAAUUCAAUGUUAAAUUCAACAAAAUCAAAAGCUGAUAAAGAAAAUCAAGUAUUAAGAAGUAUUUCAUUGUUAAGUCAUCAACCAUUUUUAUCGUUGGUAUUAUCAUGUUUGAAAGAUCAAGAUUCUCAACGUGUCGGUCUUUUGGAUUCAUUACGUGGACAAUUAGAACAAUUAUAUAAACAGGCUCCAAUUGUACAAGAUGAUCCGAAUAUGAAAGCAAUUAUAUUUGAAUCAUUACAACUUCGACUGAGUUUAAUUGGUGGAAUGUUUGAAACCAUUGUUCGUAAUCAUAAUUCAUCGAGCGAAUGGAUAUCGGUUUUAUCACAAUUAAUUGCAUCCGGUGUAAUUGAUACGAAAAAUAAUGAAAAAUUACUCAACACCGUUUUGGACAUGCUUGGUGUUCUCAUUCAUAGUCUGAUCCCAGCCGAAGGAUCCAUCGAAUCAAGUCGUGUUUAUAUCAAUUUAGUACGAAAAGUACGGAAAGAUCUUGGGGAACGAACAUCGGAGGCAUUAGAUGAAGUAAAGAGAUUCUUACCGUUACAGAAGACUUCAUUUGAAGUAUAUGUUGUUGAACCAUUCGAUGCUGUGAGCAACCGUCUAGUGAAUCAAGAAAUGAAAAAACAUGGUUUACAAGUGGCUCGGAAGGAGAAAGUUAUUAGUUGGGAAGCAAUUGAAGGUGUCAAAACACCAACAGCCAUUUGCUAUUCGUGGUUUUGUGCAAGAAAAACAGAACGAAAACGAUUACGUUAUGAAGAACAAUAUCGUCUACUAUUGAGACAUAAGCAUAUAUGUUUUGACCGUGCAUUAGGGUAUUUUAAGAAUCCACCUGACGUUCCAGCUGAAACAUUUGAAAAUGAUUUGGAGAUUGUUGAAAACAAACAAGUGACGAUUGAUAUAACACAAAAAUAUCAUCAACAGCAGCAGCAGCAACAACAACAACAACUGCAAGGUCGUCAAACAUCGGUGGACGUGAAAAAACGUGGGGGUGCAGCUGGUACGGGAACAACUCGAAAAAACUCUCGAUCACGUACUGCACGUGCACCAUCUGUUAUUCCGCAAAAUCCGCCUUAUCCAUCGGCUCCAACGCCUACUGUGGGUGCUGGUUAUCGCAAUCCACAAGAACCAUACGCUUGGUACAAUGGUCAACCACCAAAUAUGAUGACAAUGCAACCAGGACAACCAAAUAUUGUACCAACCUACGGACAAUCAACGAUGCCUCCAAAAACAGUUAUGCCAUCAUCUCGAAUGGCCAUGAAUCGUCCACCCUAUGUACAACCAACAAUGAAUGAACAACAAAUGAAUCCAAUUUUAAUGCCACCAGUAGCCAGACAAAUAUCAUCAAAAAGAAAACUUGAUCAAUCGUCAAUGUUUACUAAUGAAGCUUAUGGUACACCACCAAAGAUGCAAAUGUCAUCGGGUAAACUAUUGAGAGAAAAAAGAGCUGGGCAACAUCAAAAUCCAAUGAUGGUACCAGAACGUACCAUGAUGCAAGGGAAUUAUAAUCCAAAAAUGUACGCUCAAGCAGCACAAAUGCCCAGUAAUCAAUAUAUUAAUCAACAAAUGGUUUCCAAUCAAACAAAUAUGAUGCCUCAAGGUUACAAUACAAAUACUAUGAUGCAACAACAACAACAAAAUCCAUAUGGUAGAGCUACAAUGCAACAAAGUGGCAAUGUCCCUGUUGGUUCAUCCAUGAACAAUCAAAUGAUGGGUGGCGGUCAAGUAUGGCAAAAUCAAGUUCAAAAUCAAGUUCAACAACAGCAAACAGUUGUUGCGAAUGCCGCAACGGCUGCAAUAUAUUCACGUCAACAAACUUAUCCAAAUAAUAUGCAGCAAAAUCAAAUGGGUAGUGUACAAAUUGCGCAAGUAAGUCAGUUUAACUUUAAUUUAAACGAAGUACUAUACUAAUCCAUUUAUUUUUUUCUUCAUUAGCAACAACAACAGCAGCAGGCCGCACAAAAUCAACAAGCUCAACAGCAAUACUAUCGGACAACAAAUACUUUUCCUAAUUAGUUUCUUUUGUAAUAAGAAUUUCAAAAUGUCAGAUGUUUUGUUUUCUCUAUUUUGUUGCAGAUGUUAAUGGGGUUUCUUUUUUUGUAAUUCCAUCUGCGCUUUUUCUUACGAAAGAGAAUAUCAGCAACUAAUGUAUAUCACAAGUUGAAGAUAUUUUUUAUAAUUAUUAAUUUUUUUUAGAUUUUGUUUUUCUUUUAUUAACUUGUACAAUUUGUUCAAAACAAUCUAUUCUAUAUUGACAUUGCACUUAAUUGAGAUAAAAUAAGACUUAAUGUCAACAUUGCAUAAGUAGAGGCAGACUAAAUUAAAUGGAGAAAAUUGAUGAAUUCUCCUGCUAUUAUGAUAACUGUUCACGUUUAUGAAAGGAGAAGAACACAACUUCCCUUCAAAGGCACGAAUUUUAGUUUUAUUAUUAGUACAUAUAAAUUUUUUAAACCUUAAAAGUACAACUGAUCCAACAUUUCGAAGACUGACAGAGAGCAUCUACCUAAAUUAUUUCAAUGUGGGUUAGAGAAGUCCUUCUAGUAGUCCAUAUGAAUAUUUCCAUCGUAUAAUCUAAUGUCUAUUCUUUUGUCCAGCAAAAAAACAAUUACAUAAUAAAAAUAACAACUAGUUGAACACACAUUAUCGCUGGGAUUACAGAGAUAGCACUAGCGGUUCUUUAGUCUCAAGUUUUAAAAACAGGUUUGUAUCCAUUGUUGGUAUGUUGCUGUGCGAAUUUAGUAAUAUCUUUCAGGUCACUAGAAUAUUUUUGUUUUAAAACACAGAUAUUAUCAGCAAAAGCAGUUAAUAUCACUUUUUUUGCGUGAGAAUGACCUGGAGUGGCAUUUAAACUAAAUAUUUGACUUCACUAAGACAUAGUCAUCUUUUCCCAGUCUGUUAAUUUGGCCAAAAUUUUUUUGAAAAGAGUAUUAUACGAUAAAACUAAAUAAAAAUUCUAUUAGCCAUCUUUUUUCUCUUUUUUUCACUAGAGAGAUAGCACCAUACCUAAAAAACGCACUCAUGAAAAAAUCGAGGGAUGUUUACACACUUUUUAAAUUCUUUUUAAGCGAACAAACAAGGAUGUCUAUUUUACUGUAUGCCUUCCACGCACUCUUUAUUUACGUCUAUUCUGUGCUUGUCUACACAGGAUUUGACAAAUAUUAUCCAUGAAACAUCUGUCCAGUAAACCGGUAAUGAACAUAUUUUUACAAUUAAACUGCUGUGUAUCUUAUCUAUACGACAAAAAUGAGAGAUUUCAAAAGAGUUAUUUUCUCCGUUGUAGGUGAGAACACUAUGCCUUUCAAUACUAUAACUCAGCGACAAAACGAAUUGUACAGUGAGUAGACAUCGUCCACCUGAUGUUUUUCAUCCAUUUAAAAUUUAGGAUCUGUUGGUAUACAAUAUGUGCUUGUUUUAUCAACUCGAUCAGAUAGCGAUAGUUUUCAUCUUUUUUAGUCAACCUUCAUGUAUAUUGAAUUAUUAAAUUUAUUCACAAGGAGUGAUGUUCUUGAAAUCCUUUGAAGUACAAUGAAAAUUUGAUCUUUCUACUCAGCCUAUUGAGUUUUUCCGUAUUUGUCAUGGAGCUAUUCACUUUUACAUUUUGUAAUAAAAUACUGAAUAAACUUUCUGAAGCGAUUCAGAACAUAUCAUAAACUAUUGGAUCUUGUAGGAGGUACAAAAGUUAUGAGAAAAAUGAGAAGAGGACACUUAAAGUAUGAAGAAAAUUUCUUUUGCACUAUCUGUUAUCGUACUUCUCGUCUUUUUAAUUUGUUGAUUAAAAAGAAAAGAAUAGAUGAGAGUAUAAUCAAUUAAUACGUACAGUACAUUUACUACAGAGUUAACACUGUCUGAACAAAACAGGAGCUGUUUAAUGGCUGAUUCGUAAUAAAAAUCAGUAAAAUCAGUGAAAAAGAUUAUUAAAACUUGUUUAGUUGCUUUAUUGAAUUUCAAGUACGACAUUUGUUCAAGCUCAAUGUAUCUAAGUAAUAGAUGAUAUUAUAAGGAGAAAGAUUUUUCUUAACGAUCAUCAAAAAACGGGCGACUCCGAUUCCGACAUAGAUUAACUGUACAAAUACUCGCUUUGUUAGACUACCCACUGAAAAAAAUAAUCAAAAUUCAUGCAGGAUCCCGCAGGACUUUGCGCAGGAUCCCGCGGGUUAUCAGUAUUAAAAUAUCUGGCGAUGUUUCUUACCUUUACGCAGGAUUUUUAUACUGUC